AUGAGGUGCUCACAGUGUGCACAGUCUGAUUUGAAGUCCCAAGAUGCUGACUGUGAACGACAAGUAGCCGUGAAAUGCCAUGAUCCUGAUGCUGUCUGCUUUACGAGGCAAAUCAUUCUCAGUGAAGGCAAAACCGCUGUCGAAAAAUUAUGUGCAUCAUGGCAGGCAGUGAAGGAGGAGUUCCCUACGGCAGCUUUAGAUGCUUGUGGAGAAGCGAGUGAUGGCAGAGUACGAUUCUGUACCUGCACCACGAACGAAUGUAAUUCGAUGGCGAUUUCUCUACAGGGUAUUCCCUUGAGGUGUGCUGCUUGCCUCGAAACAGGUAUCACCGAUCCAACAGCUGACUGUUCAACCAGUGCUCCAGCUGUUUGCGCCAGCCAUGAGAAAUACUGUCUGACUAGACAAACUCAGAACGAAGGAGUAACAUUCACCAUGGAAAAGCGGUGUAUAUCGGAGUCAAUGGUGGCGUCCGUGACGAAGAGCGAAUCCGCAACGGUACAACUCGGUUGCGCUAUUGCUGACGGUGGUAUGAUCAAUUACUGCCUUUGUAAGGAGGAUCUCUGUAACGAAGGAAGUCUUUUGGCUCAGGCUCAAGUCUCCGGUAUCCGAAAAACCGAACCGGCAUCAAAACCCGAACCGCCCCAGCCGCCUGUGGAAGAGUUACCGAAAAUCGAUUUGCCGAAGAUUGAGACUCCAACACACGUUUUCCUUGACAACGACGAGACAGCGAAAUUGGAAACUGUUCGAGUUCCUGAAACGAAGCUGAGCGAUGAGGAGCGAGACCUGAUAGAACGACAAAAACAAUGGGACCAGGAGGAUCUAGCAGCAUCUGCAAGUCAACUAGGCCUCUUGGGGUCUCUGAUUGUGUUCCUCUUUGGAGGCCUCCUUUUCUGA